AUGCUGCAACUCUCAUCGAAGCUACCUUUGAUGGAGGCUGCUGCAACUCCAGGUGGUGUCCCAUUUGCCUUUGCAAGCGGGCUUGCGGUGCACAACAACACUGUUGUAAUCACAUAUGGGGCUGGACACCGUGACGUCCGAGCAUUGGUGAUGACUCUCGACAGGCUGGACGAGAUGUUCGCAUGCUCCGUCUAUGUGAAUGAGUGA